UUUUUUUCACGAGGAGAGGAAAUCCUAAGGAAAUGUGUGUGAUCACGCUCUGUGUUUCCAAGUAGCCAGGCGUUAUUGACAAAGUAUUUUGAUUGUGUGACGUUAGAUUGUGGUGCAUACCGAUCUCACGAUACAAAUACGGGCGUAGUAACCGACUAGUAAGGGGGGGAAACAGGGGAAGCGACGGUCGUUAGGUCAAAAUGUCGAUUCAGUACGAGGUGGAACAGCUGGCUGACAGCUACGGGGUUGCGGACUCGUUCCCCAAAGAUUUCGGCUAUGGGGAAGAGGAGGCCGACAUCGAGGACAGUCCGGCACCGUCUGACAGCAAACCAAGGAUCCUGCUCAUGGGUUUGAGAAGAAGCGGCAAAUCCUCCAUACAGAAGGUGGUAUUCCACAAAAUGUCCCCCAAUGAGACUUUGUUUUUGGAGAGCACCAACAAAAUCUACAAGGACGACAUCUCCAGCAGCUCCUUCGUCAACUUCCAGAUCUGGGAUUUCCCGGGCCAGGUGGACUUCUUCGACCCCACCUUUGACUACGAGAUGAUCUUCAGAGGGACAGGGGCCCUCAUAUUUGUUAUCGAUGCUCAGGAUGAUUACGUGGAGGCGCUGGGCAGACUUCAUCUCACUGUGUCCCGGGCCUACCGGGUAAAUCCGGAGAUCAACUUCGAGGUCUUCAUCCACAAAGUAGACGGCCUGUCUGACGAUCACAAGAUUGAGACUCAGAGGGACAUCCAUCAGAGAGCCAACGACGAUCUGGCUGACGCUAGUUUAGAAAAGCUCCAUCUCAGCUUUUACUUGACGAGUAUUUACGACCACUCCAUAUUCGAGGCCUUCAGCAAAGUGGUGCAGAAGCUCAUCCCUCAGCUUCCCACGCUGGAGAACCUCCUAAACAUCUUCAUUUCUAAUUCAGGAAUAGAGAAAGCCUUUCUGUUCGAUGUGGUCAGUAAGAUCUACAUCGCCACAGACAGUUCACCUGUAGACAUGCAGUCGUACGAGCUCUGCUGCGACAUGAUCGAUGUGGUCAUUGACGUCUCCUGCAUCUACGGUUUGAGGGAGGACGGCAGUGGCAGCGCCUACGACAAGGAGUCCAUGGCCAUCAUCAAGCUGAAUAACACCACUGUGCUCUACCUGAAAGAGGUCACAAAGUUCCUGGCUCUCGUCUGCAUCCUGCGAGAAGAAAGCUUUGAGCGUAAAGGGUUGAUAGACUACAACUUCCACUGUUUCCGAAAGGCCAUCCAUGAAGUAUUUGAGGUGGGCGUUUCCACACCGCGUCCUGCGGGCCCCCAGGCGGUGGGCUCACCCUGCACCAAAGCUGUGGCUCUCAACGGCACACCGCGCAACACUGUCUAGAGACCGAUGCAAAGUAAAAAACAAAAAGACGCAAAAAGAGGGAAGAGAAAAUAAUGCAAGGAGGGGCCAGAGAGCCUGUAGAAGAGAGACUACUAAACUGGGGCUCACAGGGCGCCAAUCACAAUCCCCUGCUCCUCGCACUGACGGCACUGACAGAGGUGGCUCGAGCCCAGAGUGUGUGGGGCAGCAGUGGAGCACAGAGGGGAAGACGGAAGGGAAAUCAGACAUCUGUUUAAGAUGAAUGAAAGACAUCGAAGCACUGUUUGUCGGACCAUUUACUCUGGAUUUUCCUUUAAGCGGUCGAAGACUGUAAUAAUUAGCUGCUGCUCCCUUUCUACGAACAAUGGAGGGGAGAAAAACAAUCCUUUUGUUGUAACCUUUUGUUAUGGACAAGCUGUGAUGUCAGUUUGCAGGAAUGUGUGUGGUGAUAAUACACACCCCGACUGCUUCUGUGCUGAUAUGGGAGGAAAAGAAAAAAAAAAAAAAAGACAAGAGGGAUGUCAAGCGCUCAUCCUAAACCCCACAUGUUCAGAGAUGGCCUUACGUAGACGAAGCCUUGUCCGAAAUGCAGGCUUUCUCUCACCACCACUCACCUCACCCUACCUGAAUGCUGCCCAGAACUGGCUUUUUGGUUUCACUCGUGAAGGGAAAUUAAGGUUUUGUCCGCAGCCUGAAAAGGGAUUGUGCUGUCCAGUUGAUUUGUGUGAGCGUGUCUGCGUUUAUGUGUGUGUGUAUGUAUGACUGUUCGAGUCAAUGAAGGGUUUUGAUUAAAUCCCAGGCGGGGUUUCACAUCUGUACUGGUCUAGGACCUUUACAGAAAGAGUAUUUGUGUUUCUGAUAAUAACGAUAAUAACGCACUUAGCAAAAUUAAACUCCUCUCAAUCAGUCACUUUUGAUUGACUUAUAAAAACACGUUAGGCUGGAGAUUUGCAAAAGCACUGCCAAAAUGAUUUGACGACUUAACACUAAAAUUGUGAUAUAUUAAAAAAAAAAAAAAAAAAAAAGACCAGAAAAAAAAAACCUGUUUGUUAACCAUCUAACACAAGUAUAAUGGGUCUGGCUGAUGCACAGGACUGAUGGGAGUCCACCACCUAGAUUUACCAAGAGAUUUUUGGAUGAAAGUGUUUGAAACCUGCAUGUUUUCCAACAACAAUUUGAGUCCUGCCUAAAGUUAUUAACCCAUGUUGUGUAUUAAGUUUGGCUUCAUUCAGCAGGAUUCACAUUUCUUAAAGUAGCCAUUCCAAGCAUGCAUCCACCAGUGUGUUGUCAGCGUGUAUCGACCAUAACACGGCUCAUUGUGUUCCGAAAGUGGUGAGAGGCACCAAGAAAAAGGGAUGGUAAAUGGCAAGAUUUACUCACUUUUGCAAAUAUAACGAUAAGGAAGAACUCCCUAUAUGCACCUGUUUUGUUUCUUUUUAUCAGGGAUGAGAAAAGUGGGAAGUGACCUGACUUGGGAGGCAGGAUUAAAUGGAGGAAAUGCACAACAGGAGUUUUUUUCACCACAUUAGUGAGGCUUAUCGUCAUCAGUUGAUGCAGUUCUAUAAAGUGAGUGCAGCACACAUUGAUUUUUCUCUUCAUGGAACCAUAUCAACUGAUGGGUUAGACAACGCAAAAUAAACCUGCCAGAGUUUUUUUUUUUUUUUCCAGAGAAACCUGCUUUUUGAGAUGGACGCAAUAAAUUCUCAACCUAAUCAUGACAGUCACAUAGAAAGACACUUGCACAUCAAAACCGUGAUGGAUGAUUGAUUUCAUGUAUUGUGAUGCUAUACUGUGUGAAAUAAAUGAAAAUUUAAAUUCA